AUGGCUCAGCUUAACCGUCAGCAGUCGCCUACAUCCACUAUACCCGAUGACAUCAACAUCGCACAUACCCCGCGAAAGCUACCCAACGAGCCCGUCAUCUCCCCGGGCAGAGCGAACAUCACCAGCCCAUCGCGCGGCAUCCUCGAGCAGGUAUUGGAGUUCAAUCGCAACUUCCAGCCCGACGAGCCUGGCGAUACCAUACCCAACACCUACAACCCCGAGGAAUACGUACAGAGCGCUACCGAGGUGGCUACUCCAAGCGUUGGGAAUACUCCAGAUCUGAGUGCUGCUGAUCGGGCUGUACAGGACGGGAAGGACAUGAUUGACGCAAUGAAGCGCAUCACCUCGGAAAUCCAACAGCAGUCGACUAGCUCACCUGAGCGGCAGACAUAUGGCACAGUUCCCACCCAGCUCUUGCCGAAGAACGCUACUGCAGGGCCACAGGAACAGCUGCAAACCCUCCUCCAAUCGGCUCCACCACAAGGUCUCCAGAAGCUUGUCUCCUACCUUGCCCCUCUCCAUAAUCUGCUGAACUCGAUACCCAAUGUAGCCAAAACCAUGCAGGAACUUGGUAGCCGCCUAGACUUGCUGGAGAAUGGAUCUUUCAACUACGUUCAGCCGGAAGAUCUUAACAACACCUUGGAGAUGUACGAGGGUAGGCUAAUCGACGUGGAGCAUCGCAUGGAUGAGCAUGAACGCAUGCAUGAAGCUGUGGACGAGCAAAGUAGCACCAGCUCCUUUAGCCGAAGGCGCAUCGACAACGCCACCACGUCGUUUGGCUCCAAUCACUCUGUUGAUUCCAGCACUUCCUCCGCCCUUAUCCUCGCGGCCAUGGAUCGCAAAGAUACAGAAAUGGAGCUUGAUAACAUUAAAGAGAGAUUGGAUGUGCUGGAAUCCGCGGCGCCACCCACAUCGCUACAGCCUUGGGAAGUUGAGGUUGUCCUACUGCCAUGGGGUCCGGACUUGAAAGGCAUCUGGUUCUCGCCUGAUGAACCCAUGCAUGACAUAGCGAAGACAACAACCCAGAACUCUGAAGAGUGGACCCAAGCUCAUACCUUGAAGACUAUAAAAAGCCUGCCAUUCCUCGGACGAGACUCCGAUUCGAGCCCCUACCCUGGUGCUCGCAACUCGGUCAGAGGAUCUAUACCUAGCCAGGCCGACAACGGGUGGAGUAGCCAGGACAUUAGUAAUUGGGCUUCGGGAUCUACGGAUGACUGGUUGUUUCCCAAAGCUUGUGGAAGCAACAACCUAGUCUACAAGCGACUCCAAAGCAGGGGUUUUGUCCGAGAUGUUACGUUCAAGGGUUCCAGCGCCAAAGAUAUUCAAGAAGCCUUGUCACAUGCAUUUUCUGAUGUCUUCGAUUACCUGCAGUACGACGACAGCGACGAAAACCCUAUGAUCUCUGCCUACCCAGGUCUUCGAGCGCCCUACAUACCACUUCGAAAAGUACUCAAGGAGUCGCGACUACGUUUUCUUACGCCCGCCGAGAUGUCCAGCAGUGCGCUCUGGAAUGCUCAGUUUCUCUCAGCCGGUGUCAUGAUGAGAGUUUCCGGUGGAAAGAAAAGGCUUUACGUCACCGUCCGCGAAGCCUACACCCAGCAAGUCGAUCGCAACGAGUUCGUUGUAAUGGAACAGUCCUGGCCAGAGCUACGCCAACUACCUCGAUAUCAACCCGACCAAGACUCGCAGAUGGAAGGCAACGACGAACAGUGCCAAGCGCAUGUCCCUGAAGCAGAUGCGAAAGAAGCAUGUUGGCAGUUCGUCGAGACAUACGAUGCUCCGCCUGCUAGUGUGCAUUCGUCUUUCGGGAGCAAUCAGUCCGUCCAGCUCUCCAUGCGCCCUGCUGGUCGAAAUUGGCGACGUUCAAUCACUCCCAACUCGAUACUGAAGAACAAGCAACCCCAGCCCAUCUCUCCACUAAGUGAGAACCAUCCGCAACGUCCACUCUACUAUCGCAACCGUACGGUAUCUGCUUCGGUUGUCGAUACCGUCACACCUCGUCAGUCGAAACGUCGCUUCAAUCCCUCCAUCGUUGAGCAAUCCUCCGCCCCGCAGCCAAUUUCACGUGCACCUAGCCUACCAUCAGCGAGAUUGAAGCGACGCCGCGUAACAAACUCUUCCUCCCCACGACCCGAAGAAGCACAUGUAGCGAUAUGGAAUGCAACUCCUCGGCAAUCACGAGAACCGCCUUCACCCUUCUACUCGUCACAACCUGCACUACCACGAUCGAACUCAGACGUCAUGAGCAGACCCAGCCAGCGGUCCGUCGCCAUAGCAGGUAAAUCAACGCCUUUCGCCUACGCAACACCGCACUCAGGACCUUUCCCGGCUGGCCCUGGUUUCAACGCUUACAACAAUGGCGGUGAUACCGAACCGGACGACGAUGACGACGACGCUCACGAUAACGAUGACGGCGAGAAAAGCUGGCGCGGCGUCACCGAUGACGAUAAUGACCAGGACAAUGACAGCGCUUCAAGCUCAGUCCUUGGUGCCGAAACGGGUGCGCAAGAAGGAGCCAGUUUCUCAGGUGAUGACAGCGGGCUUGGCAGUGAUAACGGAGAGGAUAGCGAUGCGCCGUCGGAAGACGAAAGGGAAGUGUAUGCGCAGCGUCCACAUGGUGAAGAGGAUGAAGAUGAAGAUGACGAGGAUGUGUUUGACUCUUUGCUUAGUAUAAUCGAAGCAUAG